UCUCUAUAAAUUCAGGCAUCUGACCUACUCUCUCCAGCCCAAUUACUUUUGAUUUGUUGAAAACGUUUGUCAGCAUGUCGGAAACUGCGCCUGUUGCAGCUCCUGCUGUCUCUGCUCCUGGGGCAAAAACCUCCGCUAAGAAACCGAAAAAGGCAGUAGCUAGUUCUAAAGCCCGCAAACCUCCAGGUCCCAGUGUGACCGAGCUGAUCACCAAGGCGGUGUCCGCUUCUAAGGAGCGCAAAGGGCUCUCUUUAGCUGCUCUUAAGAAGGCUCUGGCCGCCGGAGGGUACGAUGUGGAGAAGAACAACAGCCGCAUCAAGGUAGGAUUAAAGAGCCUGGUGAGCAAGGGUAUUUUGGUACAGACAAAAGGUACCGGCGCUUCUGGUUCUUUCAAACUCAACAAGAAACCGGGUGAGCUUAAGGAGAAGGCGCCGAAGAAGAAGGCCGCAGCAAAGCCUAAGAAACCAGCUGCCAAGAAGCCCGCCAGCGCCGCCAAGAAGCCCAAAAAGGCUGCGGCCGUGAAAAAGAGCCCGAAAAAAGUCAAGAAACCGGCGGCUGCCGCAGUCAAGAAAGCGGCCAAGAGCCCGAAAAAAGUGAAAGCCGCCAAGCCCAAGAAGGCAACUAAGAGCCCAGCUAAGGCAGUGAAACCAAAAGCUGCCAAGCCCAAGCCGACAAAGGCCAAAACCGCGAAGGCGAAGAAGGCAGCUCCGAAGAAGUAAAGUGUAAAUUUGAAAAGGAAAUUUCUGACCCAACGGCUCUUUUAAGAGCCACCCCCAAGUUUCAGAAAAAGAGCAAAAUCACUGUACUCAUGCUAGACACUCGAAAAUUGUGUGGGUGGUGUGAAAGUAUCCUGAGUAUUCGCUUUGUGUCGGGUACAGGGAGUGUUACAAGGAGGAAUAAAUGCUCUCGCUUUCUGGUGUACUUUUAGGAUGGCAUGCUGGGCAGUUUUAAUUAAAAAAGAUCAGAGAGUGAACACGGUUCUGGCGUCUGGCAGCUAUUGAUAGGAUCCCUUACGGUGGCGCUGUUCUGGGUACCUAUGAGUCAGCUGGUUAGGGGCGGGGUGCUUUGCUCCCAGUAGAUUUCUAAGCUAGUGCUUCGUUCUAGCCAUUUCGACCAAUACUGACAACAGAAAAAACCGAGAAGUAGGAACUUUCUCCGUCUUGAUUGGCUGAUAGUUCAUAUAUGGCUAAAUCUUAUUGGACACUUCCAAAUUUUUGAAAACCCCGCGCGCUCUGAGAAGAGCUCCCUUCCCCUUCUCUGAUUUGAUUGAGCACAAAAACUCGUCACCAAUUGCUCUCUCCCUGAAGGAUCCUGAUUUUCCUAUUUCCAACCCCAUCCCCCUAAAGCAUCCGUCUUUCAAAUACUUUCGCCCAACUAUUAGAGAUCAU